UUAAAAGUAUGUUAACAAGUUUGUUUAUAAAUUGAUAAACUAAUCAGUUUGACUUUGACAUUUCCGAAAUUGUUAUCUAACCUCACUUACUCGUCUCGUAUGUCGCUAUCUUAAAAUUACGAAAUUACGAUGGCUUAUGACUUAAAACAAGAAGAAGAAGUGAAGGAGUACAUUGAAAAUCUCGGGAUUGAGUACCGGUUUGGGUGUUACAAAGAGCAGAAGCCAGAAGUAUGUCAUCUUCUAGGAGAUUACUUGGAGGCUAUAAAAAAGGACUAUGAUAAGGCAGCGAAAGUGUUUAAAAGUAAUUGUUUGGAUUAUAAAUUUGGGAAAUCAUGUCUGAAGAUUGGGAACUACACACUUGUGGGGCGAGGGAGGGAGAAAGGUGAUCAUGUUGAAGCUUUGAAGUACUUUGAGAAGGGAUGUGAAUACAAUGAGCCUGGAGCGUGCUUACACGCUGGUCUGCUGCUCACAGCUACCGGACCCGGCGUGACCAUACCUCGAGACGUGCCUAAAGGUUACAACUACCUCAAGAAAAGCUGCGACCAAAAUGAUCCGAUGGCAUGCCACUACCUCUUCGGAAUGUACCUGACCGGCGUACCAAAGAACGUAGCAGAAUUCAAUCCACACAACCCAGAGAAAAACAAAAACAUAGAAUACAUAAUAAAAUCAGACAAAAAACAAGCAUUUCAAUUCGCAAAGAAGGCUUGUGAACUCGGUCAUAUGUAUGCUUGUGCGAAUAUCGGAAUUAUUGGCGGCUCAGGGUUCGAUGACCCCACACUGUUCGAGAAUCAAAUCGAGAAGGAUGUGACGACGCCGUUUGGCAAGCCGUCCGAUGUGUUGAUUGAGGGGCAGAUUAAAGGAGUGCCCUGUGUACUGCUAGCCAGGCACGGGAGGAAACAUCAAUUCCAACCGAGCGACGUGAACUACCGCGCCAACAUCUGGGCUCUGAAGCAGGUGGGCUGCACACACGUCCUGGCGACCACCGCCACCGGCUCGCUGGUGGAGGAGUACAAGCCGGGCGACCUCGUCAUAUUGAACGAUUUUAUUGAUAGAACCUGGGGUCGUAAAUGCACGUUCUACGACCGUACAGAAGGUGGUCCCAAGGGUGUGUGUCACUUACCGAUGCGGCCUGCCUUCUGUGAGCGCGCUAGGAACGCCAUGAUCACUGCAGCUAAGGCCAGAGGCUACAGUCACCAUGAAACUGGCACCGCCGUCGUUAUUCAAGGGCCUAGAUUUUCAAGCAGAGCCGAGAGCCUGAUGCACCGUCAGUGGGGUGGCCAUCUUGUAAACAUGACCACAGUACCAGAGGUUGUACUGGCGAAGGAGGCAGGACUGAGCUACGCUGCAGUCGCUCUCGUCACAGACUACGAUUGCUGGAGGGAGAAUGAAACAUCUGUGUCAGUAAGUGAGGUGCUAGCGAUGUUUGCAAAGAACGUGAAGAAGGCUGCUGACGUCAUCAUCGACGCGGUACAAGUGCUGGCCGCCGAGACAGACCUCGAGUAUCUUAGUGCUCAUAAAGAGCUAGUGUCAUCUGCAAUCAUGCUGAAAGAAUAAGCGAAGCAUACCUUUCUAAUACAUAAGAGCAAUCUCAAAGUUAUAUUCCGUAAAAGUACACACAUACCACUAUUGUAUACAGUAUUUUGUAACUUUCAUUUCCGAUAGAUAUAAGUCAUAAGUACAGAUAUGAAUCAAUAUACAUAUAUUAUUUUAUGUAAUAAAAUAAAAUAAGAGCAGUCAGCCAAGUAUUUGGUAUGCAGGUAAAAAAGAACAGCCAUUUGAUAAAUGUUUCUCCUCGACGAAGGAAAAAUAAAUAUUGAUUUAGAGCAAAGACAGUAACUAUUUAUUUUUUAUAUUAUUUUUAAUUGUUAUACUAAAUUGCAAGUGUCUUAAUUGGCUGGCUACUGAGUUCGUACAAUGUGUACUUAACACAUUGUACGAACUCAGUAGCCAACCAAUUCCGGGCGUCGGGGAUUGCGCGAUGAUCUUCGGCCUACGACGGCGAGCGAGGGUAGUUCGCCGCCCGACCAGAACUAGAGCCGUGUGUGCGGCGCGUCACCUUCCGAAGCGGGCCUCAAAGAAACAUCAGACCAACACAGAUGGGGCUCAGUAGGGCUGAUGCCGACCCGAAGCUGCGGACUGCCUAGCGGGUUACCGGGACUCCGGCUCGAAAAGCAGAAGUAGGAACGGGGUGGUUUUUAGUACGUAAGAGUCUAACACCUCUCGCCUCGCCCAAGGCGAGAGAAGUCAUUGAAUUACUCAUAAUGGUUACCAUCUCUGUACUAAAUGAAUCUUUAUUUUCUCACCUGCAUACCAAAUAACUUUGCUUCUAUACAUACAUAUACUUUAAUUUUAUACUAUUUUUCUUUGUACAACAUUAUAUUUUUUUAAAGGAUCGACAUUGUAGAAAUUAGAAUUGAAAUAAAAAUCGUUAUUCCUUA